UAUUCAGAACGUGAUAUGACACACUAAUGAAACGGUGCCAAUGUAAUAUAACAUGUUUACAUGUAUUCAGUCCUUUUACUGUAGGCAAUGACAGUGGAUAUGUCAUUAGUGACCUGCCGCAGGGCCAACUGAUCUUUUUAGCUUCAGAUUGUGUCAAUCAAACAGACCGUGGAGAUCUCACACACUUUCGUUUGCUUACAUACAACGUUGUGUCAAAUGACCCAUUAUGUAGAGGGACACAAAGAACAUUAAUAAUAUUAUGACUAUGACAGUAUUAAUGCACGCAAGUAUUUGACGUAGGCCUGUAACGGACACAUGUUCAACGGAGAGUCUUCUCAGCUUACAGACGGGCACCCGUGAAUCAACCGACUAAAGCCCCUAUCAGGCAUAUUCUAGGCAGCUCUCUGCAGUGAAGGGGUCUUUUCAGAAAGUCUUCCUUACGCAUGCGCGAACGAUGCACUGCAUUUGCAAAUCAGCAGUGGCAGAGUGGACAACAUACCAAAACCGAAGAAAAUACCGGUGUUGGAAAUAUUUCUUUAAAUUAUGUUUUAACUGUCCACCUUCUCCUGGAAAUGUGACGGAGGGUAGCCCAUGUUGUAUUAGUGCCUGUGUGACAUGCUGGCUUGUUUGCCAGUAUCCAACCCCACAUUCCAGCUUCGUUCUCACUUGCAGAUGAACACUGGACUUCAGAAAUGGGACACCACACAGAAGAUGAGAUCCGCACAUUAUCCAUCCCCAGCGGAAUUGGAUGCCUUUGCUAAGAAAAUUGCCAGCAACCCGCUGACCAUCAAGAUCUUCCCCAACAGUGUCAAAGUACCUCAGAGGAAACACAUCCGUCGCACAGUCAACGGCCUGGACACCUCCAGUCACCGCUACAGCCCCUACCCUUCUCAGGAGUCCUCCCGCUCAGGCCUUCUUGCCGUUGUGAAGGUGCCAGUCAAAAGCGUCUUGAAGGGCCUGGACGCCAGUUGCACCCGCUUCCUGCCCAAGCCCAUCAUGAACCCCCACAGCGGGCCCUACGCGGCCCAGAGCACUUUACCGCCUCAGCAGACUGUGGCCCACCUGCUGGCUCUCCCCCAGCCCCCAGCUGGGGCCCACAAGCAGGGCCUCCCCUCCCACCUCCAGCAGCAGCAGCAGCAACCGCUGCAGCAGCAACCGCUGCAGCAGCAACAGGGCAUGGCACGCCCACAGACCAUCCAGCACCACGGCCUUCCUCAUCCACCCAGUUUACGGCCUCAGCCUGGCCUGAGCCGUCAGCAGGCUCUCCAGCAGACUCUCCAGCAGCAGCAGCAGCAGCAGCAGCAGCAGCAGCAGCAGCAGCAGCAGCAGCAGCCUGGUCUGAGCCACCCACAGAGCUUACUGCAGCAGCAGCAGAAGCAGCAGAUGGCCUCUCAGGGCUUAAGACUCCUGGCAGAGAUGGCUCCCAGGGCCCCCAUGCUGCCCCCACACAGUAUCCAGGCUCAGGCUCAGGCUCAGGCCCAGGCCCAGGGCCUCUCUCAGCCCCAGACUCUCCCCCCUCAGGCCUCCACUACGGCUGGAGCUGGUUCCCCAGCCCCAUCUGGCAUGGUGCUGGUCCCGGGAAUGCACAGCACCCCUCGCAAGCUGCCCGACGGUGAUGCCCCUCCCAAUGUGACCGUGUCUACCUCAACCAUCCCGCUGUCCAUGGCGGCUAGCCUGCAUCACAACCGGCCCAGCGACCUCAGCAGCAUUGUGAACCAGAUCAACCAGUUCUGUCAGGCCCGGGCCGGAGCUGCUGGCACGUCGGUCUGCGAGGGCCAGAUCGCCAACCCCAGCCCCAUCAGCCGCAACCUGCUCAUCAACGCCAGCUCCCGUGCCUGCGGCCCGUACCCGCACCCUCACCCUCACCCGCACCCUCACAUGCACCCGCACCCUCACCAACACCAACACCAACACCCUCACCAACACCAACACCAUCACCCUCGCCUCGGCCUCCAGCCUGUCCCCUCCUCCUGUGCCCUCAACCCCAAUGUCUCCCAUGCCAGUGCCAUCCAGCCCACCACUAUGGCUGUCCUGAGUAGGCUGCCCCUCUAUCAGAACCAUCUCAAACAGCCGCAGCCCCACUUACCUCAGCAGCCACAGGCCCACUGGAAGCAGCAACCGUCGCAGCCUCUCAGCCACAUGUCGCACAUGCCCGACGGGCCGCCACCCUGCAAGAGCGUGGCCCGGGAGGACCCGGGGGGCUCUGGCUUCCCCACCAAGGGCCUGCCCUACUCCCAGGAGGCGUGCAUGGGCCAGCAGCCCUACGGUCUCAAAGCCCCACUAGACAAGCCCACCCCGUCGCCUCCGGUGAGCGGCAUGGUGGGGGGCCCUGGGAUGAACUACAAUAACGGGCACUAUGUGCAGCAGCAGCCGCCUUGGAGCAGCAUCUUGCCCACCCCGAAUAGCGACAGCUCUGGUUCCCAGGACCUGGCCAUAAACUUCCACGGGGGUCUGCCGGGGGGCAGCACCUCCGUUGACUGCACCCAGGGGACUCACUACAGGACUGGAGCUGUCGGCGCCGCCAACGGCCACCCGGGCCUGAUGCCGAACGUGGACUACAUGGCCGGCGAUUUCGCAAGCUUCCGGGAGCAAACCAACCUGGGCAUGAUGGGUAAGAUGCCCAGGCUCCCCGUCAUGACAAACGCUAGGGCCCCUGAUUCAGGUGACAGUAGAAAUGUUCCCAUUCACCACCACCCAGGGUAUAGAUGAGGCUUGACAAGGCAGUCAUUAAGUGUGACGGCAAUUCAUAAAACGCUUAUCGCCCAGUCUCACGAAUAAUCCACAGAGCUCCGGUUUCCCAGGCAAGGGUUAAAACUAGUCCUUGACAAAACUACAUUCAGAAUAAUAAUAAUAAUUAAAAAUACAUUUUUUUUUUUUUUUCUCGUUUUUUUGUCUAGUGAGAACACCAAUGCAUCCAGGGCCAGGGUUAAUCCCUGUCUGAGAAACCAGCUUAAAGUGUUUUUUAGAUAAUGAAUAGUGCUCUUAUUGGAGUGUUGGUGUAUGUGAAGGUCAUUAACUCCCCAGCCUUUCCUGUUUCUCUGUGUCCCGGCUGGAUAAAGGCUUGUAACACUCUCCUAUAGAUUACUUUUCAGUUAGAUAAUGAAAAAAAACCUGUGGCUUCAUCUUAUGUCUGCCCGUAGCACCUGGCCCUAAAAUAAAUUGAGCUCAGUUUGUUGUCGGUAAACAAAGUGCUGCUCAGAUUGUAGUGUUUACAUGUAGGGAAUGUCUUGCCAUCACAUAAACGCAUCCAAGUUCAUUAUCUUCUAUUCUCCUUCAAUGUCUCCUUGGAGAGCUAAAUAGAUAUAGGACACUGUGAGGAAGACAUUUCUAUAAUCUAGAACAUUUGUUUGUUAGCCCAAUAGGUCUAUUAAGAUCUUUUUAGAGAUGCCAUGGAAUUGUGCACUCAAGCAACCAGGUUGAACAUAAUCAGUGUUCUCCUUUUGAUGUUUACUUAUCGCUUGCUAUUAUUAUUGUCAC